CGGCAGCGGGCGGAAGCGCCGCACGUGGGGGCGGCGGAGGGACAUGGACACGGAGACGGGGCGGGAUGAGGAGAUGCCCGCGCUCUCCGACGGCGAGGAGCCCUGGGAAGAGGAGGAGGAGGAGGAGGAGGAGGAGGAAGGCGCUGCCGUGGGCCAGAGGACACGCUGCCUCUUCUGCGAUAGGUGGUUCAAUUCUGCUGAAGUUGUGUUCUCUCACUGCAAAACAGAGCAUGAGUUUAAUGUUAGUGAUGUGAUCCAGAAACAUGGACUCAAUUUUUAUGGAUACAUUAAACUAAUAAACUUCAUCAGAUUAAAGAAACCAACAGGAGCGUAUUUGAGUUCUCUCAGCAGCCCACUGCCUUGGAAAGGAGAAGAAUAUCUGAAACCAGAACUAGAAGAUGAUCUCCUCCUUCAGUUUGAUAUAGAAGAUCUUUGUGAACCUGCAAACGUUGUGCCCUGUAAUGGUUUAAAUGAUACCACAGUGCUCCUUGAACAGUUAAAACACACAGAACACAGAGCAAGAGCCGCAGAAGCAGCCUUGGCUAGAGCACAGGAGGAUCUUCAGAAAAUGAAACAAUUUGCCCAGGAUUUUGUGAUGAACACAGAUGUCAGGAGCAGCUCAUCAUCCAGCGCCAUCGCAGACCUUCAGGAGGAUGAGGAUGGUGUUUACUUCAGCUCCUAUGGGCAUUAUGGGAUACACGAAGAGAUGCUAAAGGAUAAAGUACGUACAGAAAGCUAUCGUGACUUCAUCUAUCAAAACCCACAUAUCUUCAAGGACAAGGUGGUUUUGGAUGUUGGCUGUGGAACUGGAAUACUCUCCAUGUUUGCUGCCAAAGCAGGUGCGAAGAAAGUGAUUGGAGUUGACCAAUCUGAAAUCAUCUAUCAGGCCAUGGACAUCAUUAGAUUAAAUAAACUUGAAAGUAUUAUUACAUUAGUCAAAGGAAGAAUCGAAGAAGUAGAUCUGCCUUUGGAAAAAGUGGAUGUAAUUGUAUCUGAAUGGAUGGGUUAUUUCCUUCUCUUUGAGUCAAUGCUGGAUUCUGUCAUCUAUGCAAAGGACAAGUACCUGGCAGAGGGAGGCUCAGUUUAUCCUGACAUUUGCACCAUUAGUCUGGUAGCUGUUGGGGAUAUGAAUAAACAUAUGGACAAGCUACUUUUCUGGGAAGAUGUAUAUGGCUUCAACAUGUCUUGUAUGAAGAAAGCUGUAAUUCCAGAAGCUGUUGUUGAGGUGCUGGAUCCAAACACACUGAUAUCUUCAGCCAGUGUCAUUAAGCAUAUCGACUGUAAUACUGCAUCCUCUCCAGACUUGGAAUUCUCUUCAGAUUUCACCCUGAGCAUUACAAUGAGCACAAAGUGCACGGCAGUUGCUGGUUACUUUGAUAUAUUUUUUGAGAAGAACUGUCACAACAAGGUCUCGUUUUCCACUGGUCCCCAGUGUACCAAAACACACUGGAAACAGACAGUUUUUCUCCUGGAGAAACCAAUUCCUGUAGAAGCAGGAGAGGCCCUGAGAGGGAAGAUCGUAGUCCGCAAAAACAGAAAGGAUCCACGGUCCCUCCUCAUAACCCUGUCAGUGAAGGACAUGCAGCAGACCUACAGCCUCCAGUGAAAAUCCUGGGCACAUAACUUGGGGAGGUGUUAAAGUCAAAUAACUGUUUUUAAAUAUCCCAAAAUGGCAAACUCUUGGAUUUGUGUGCGUGUAUGCACACACGGGAAUAUGAAAAAUUUGCCUGGAAUUGAGAGAGCACUGUUUGGAUGCUUUUGCUCUGGGACAUGGAGGCUGACAACAAAAUUGGAUUCUGUUGCUUCCCUUAUGUGAGGAAGGCAAGAAAGAUGGGUUUGGGUUACAUGAGACUACUGGGUGAGAAAAAUGAGUGUGAAGUCUUGCUGUGAGGAACA